GGGCAGCAUGGCCUGUCCGUCCGGCCCCCUUCGCCGCGCUCCUCAUCUGCCCCGCGCCGAGCGCCGCCGCCGCCGCCGCUCCGCUGCCCGCGCCGCCCGCGGCUCCCGAUGGAGACUGACGCGCCCCAGCCCGGCCUCGCCUCCCCGGACUCGCCGCACGACCCCUGCAAGAUGUUCAUCGGAGGACUCAGUUGGCAGACCACGCAGGAAGGGCUGCGCGAAUACUUCGGCCAGUUCGGGGAGGUGAAGGAGUGUCUGGUGAUGCGGGACCCCCUGACCAAAAGAUCCAGGGGUUUCGGCUUCGUCACUUUCAUGGACCAGGCGGGGGUGGAUAAAGUGCUGGCGCAGUCGCGGCACGAGCUGGACUCCAAAACAAUUGAUCCCAAGGUGGCCUUUCCUCGGCGAGCACAACCUAAGAUGGUCACUCGAACGAAGAAGAUCUUUGUGGGGGGGCUGUCGGUGAGCACCACCGUAGAGGACGUCAAGCAGUAUUUUGAGCAGUUUGGAAAGGUGGAUGAUGCCAUGCUGAUGUUUGACAAAACCACCAACAGGCACAGAGGGUUCGGGUUUGUCACGUUCGAGAGUGAGGACAUCGUAGAGAAAGUUUGCGAGAUCCACUUCCAUGAAAUCAACAACAAAAUGGUGGAAUGCAAGAAAGCUCAGCCAAAGGAGGUGAUGUCCCCGACAGGCUCAGCCCGGGGCAGGUCUCGAGUCAUGCCCUACGGAAUGGACGCCUUCAUGCUGGGCAUCGGCAUGCUGGGUUACCCAGGUUUCCAAGCCACGACCUACGCCAGCCGGAGUUACACAGGCCUUGCCCCUGGUUACACCUACCAGUUCCCAGAAUUCCGUGUAGAGCGGACCCCUCUCCCGAGCGCCCCAGUCCUCCCCGAGCUUACAGCUAUUCCUCUCACUGCUUAUGGUCCCAUGGCAGCAGCGGCAGCAGCAGCAGCGGUAGUCCGAGGGACAGGCUCUCACCCCUGGACGAUGGCUCCCCCUCCAGGUUCUACUCCCAGUCGUACAGGGGGCUUCCUGGGGACCACAAGCCCCGGCCCCAUGGCUGAGCUCUACGGGGCGGCCAACCAGGACUCGGGGGUCAGCAGUUACAUCAGCGCCGCCAGCCCCGCCCCCAGCACUGGUUUCGGCCACAGUCUCGGGGGUCCUUUGAUUGCCACAGCCUUCACCAAUGGGUACCACUGAAGCAGGGGAGAGGUGGCAGGAGCGCCCCAGCCUGCAGCUGACUGAGGACCAGAGUGAGCCAGCAAGGGGAUGGGGACACCUCAGCUGCAGCAGCCCAGCCCCUCCGCUGCAACUCGGACCGCUACUGCCUGUCCCCCAGCCCCUGGGCCCAGCCCCUGCCCUGCUGUCCCCACAAGUCUGGCUCCCCUACUAACCGUCCCUUUUCUGACCUCGCCCCUCCCCAACCUGCCUUUCUCCCUGUUCGCUUUUAUUUAUUUUGAAUUAGCCAGUUGCCCCCCCCCCCCAGAUUUCCCCUCUUUGGUCUGCCCCAUCCUUCUCUGCUGCGCCUUUUAGGACACCCCAGAAGGCUUUGUAUUUGUGCAUAGCUAGCGUGAGGGCAGAGGGCGCCUGCUACAGGCCGCAGCCCCGACCCUUGUUUUUUAUUCUGGCUUUUCCCUUUUUUGCUCUUUACUUCUUUUUUGUUUUGUUUUGUUUUAAAAGAAACUGUUUUUAAACUAUUUCUAGGUUUGUGAAUGUGAAGCCCCAGGCCGCAGGGAGCAAGGGGCCAGGUGCCCCCGCCCCCACCAGCUGAGAACAAAGUGUCUAUGGGUGUGGGCUCCUGGCCACCUCCCUCCAGCCCUGGAGAGGAGGGUAGAGGGCAGGGCGGCGGGUAGGCCAGGCCGAGCCCCUGGGACCAUCCCGUCCUGUGUCCUGUAUCAUAUGUAAAUACUGUGAGGUGAAACCCUAGCCCCACCCCUCUCUAAGACCCCUUGGGGUGUGGGCAUUGCCUGACCCCACAGGGCAAAGGCCUCCCCUCGUCCCUUGUCUCUGUCCCCUCCUCCUCAGACUUACUGUAAGCUUGCAGACCUCAGCUCUGGCCAUAGCAGGCCCACGCUCUCAGGCCUCCUGGGUUCAGGGGCGAGGGGCCAGGGAGGAGGAGGGCUUGCCCAGAGCCGCUGCUGGGAAGGAAUUGGCUCUCCAAAGGUCUCUCCUGGCCACUGCUUAGGCGGGAUCUUCAUGGUUUCUGCUCUGAGCUCCCCACCGUGGGUGGACACGAGGGGCACUUCAGUAAGAAGAUGCCAGGGACAGCAAAGGGCUUCUCAGGGAACCCCCACAUUCUCACUGAAGUUUCCCAUCAGGAUAGUCCCACAACCAGCGCCCUUGGUAGCCCCUUACCCUGGAGCCCCUUUCAGAGGAUGUGAAGUGAGACCUGGCUGGUGUGGCGGGGCUGAGGCCUACCUGCGUCAUCCCCUCUGUGUCCUUCCCCACUCAUGUCUGAGCCCCGAACCCUCAAAGCCCCCUUUGGAGAGUUAACUGUCCUUGUGAGGCACUCACUCAACCUAUUAGCCCUGAGAACUCAAAGCAAUAAUCUUUGUCACCAAGAUGCGCGGCUGUUUUCGGUGUUUUUUUUUUUUUGUGUGUGUUUUUUUUGUUAAAUAUUUCCUAAUAAAAAAGAAGCUGCAUUUUAUUGGUUUUUCUUUUCAAUUUUCUACACAUCUGAGCUGAGCCCCAGGAGACUUAGCUUCCUUUUUUCUUUUUCCCCCAUCCCUGGACCUGCUCACCCCACUGGACCUAACCGUGGGUUCAGGGACCUGGAAUUCCAUUUUCUGAUUUGUUUGAAUAUUUUUUUUUUUUUAAGAUGUUACAUGGUGUUUUUGAAGCCAGCAAGUUCCACCCUCGGUGUCUCUCCACAUCUGUAACUUCUUUUUCCAGGUCUUAUUUUGUUUUAAAUUCCUAAUAAAUUAUUUGAAAACGG